AUGGGGUGUGAUCGCGAUUCAUCGUUACCAUUUUGCAAAAUUCACGCAGCAAAAACAAGGCAGAACGAAGAUGGAGCACAAAAAGACAAGGAAGCUUGUGCCGAGCUACGUCUUGAGUAUGUGAAAGUGUGCGCAAUGUCCGGGCAACAUAAGGUUGAUGAAAAAGAACGAGAAUUUUGUCAAGCGUUUGAAAACAUCUGCUUUAGUAUUCCGAAAGAAGAACCAGAUCAAGUUACUGUGCCCACAGCUCUAGCGAAAGAGCUGAAGAACUUCGAUGAUGGUGACGAAGAAGACGUAGAAAGAACCACGACGACACGACAACCAAAGAAAAAGAAGAAACGCAUCGAUUUCACCAAAUUCUGCAAAGAAUUUAAGAAUCGCUAUCUGUUCGUCUGUCCAGACCCACUCAGAUUUGGACAAAAAGCCGUAGUGUUCUGCCCAAUUUAUUCCGAACGCUGUCAUGUACCCUUACCAGAUCGACCAGUAGUUCCAACUAGGAAACCACCGCCUGGAAGAAGAAGCAACACCGUGGAGAGGGUAUGCCGAAGCUACAGAGCAUUUGCCGAGACAUACUGCAACAAUCCAUUCACGCUAAGUCAACCACAGUAUCGAGAAGGUUGCGAGAAAUAUUGGCGAUUCUGCUCUAGGAGAUAUGGGCGAUAG